CGCGCUAGGCGUAAGCUAAUAAAGAAGAAGUUGGGCGUUGAGAGAGCGACGCUGAUUAGUGAAUGUUAAAUCACCUGAAUGAAAGCCCACUUGUGAUUCGCCCUAAGUAAACAGGAGCCCGGUGGGCUGGAACGGGCCGGAAUCUGAGGUGUGAGUACUGCCUGGGUGGACAGUGGGAUCCAGGUGAGGGGGGCAGAGGACUGAGAGUUUUCGUCCUCUUGAAUAAGAACUCGACAAUAGACUGAGAACUUUCUGUCUUGUGUUCGAUUGCCUGGUGAGUCAAAGCUCACACCAUGGAUUUAACCUGAGAGCUUCAACUUCUGCUUUGGCCCUGGAGUUCCUUCCCAUGCCCCAGUGUCUUCUAACAGUUCUUAGGGUUUUGUAUCAAGAGAGGGUUCCGUUUUCUCCCGUGGGCUGGGGGAAGAGGUCAAAGUAGAACUCAGGUACCAAAUUUGAAAGGAAAUACUCAGAAAGACCUUCUGAGUGCAGAGCAGGGAACACCCCUCUCGGUCCCUGCCAAAGAGAAAGGCUUUGGCUUCUAAAUUUCCAGUUUCCAUUAAGGGGCUCUGGGACUGGACAUUUCUGAAAAUUAAUGACCUGUACUGAGUAAUCCUCCUAACACGCUGAUCAUCAGAAAAUUCCCUGUACUGAGUUUAGGCUUUCUGUAUUUGUCUGAAUGCCUUCAUGGGAGUGCGUGGCAGGAAGGCGGCGCUGGAGCCCAGAGGACACUUGAUCGUGCGGCGCGCAGGGCGGGGGGCCGCCGCUGUCACCCCGCGGGAUGGCUGGCACUGUGCUCGGAGUCGGUGCGGGCGUGUUCAUCUUAGCCCUGCUGUGGGUGUCAGUGCUGCUGCUGUGUGUGCUGCUGUCCAGGGCCUCCGGGGCGGCGAGGUUCUCUGUCAUUUUUUUAUUCUUCGGUGCUGUGAUCAUCACGUCAGUUCUGUUGCUUUUCCCACGAGCUGGUGAAUUCCCAGCCCCAGAGGUGGAAGUUAAGAUUGUGGAUGACUUUUUCAUUGGCCGCUAUGUCCUGCUGGCUUUUCUUAGUGCCAUCUUCCUUGGAAGCCUCUUCUUGGUUUUAAUCCAUCACGUUCUGGAGCCCAUCUAUGCCAAACCACUGCGCUCCUACUGACCACUCUUCGCGAAAACGAAAACCUGUUCUCUCCUUCAUUGUGAUGACAUCGAUGAGCAGAAAGGCACUAUUCAGAGCCUUGUUUUGACAGCCCUCCUGCCUUAAGACUGGAGGAGUGUCCGUCCAUCACCAAGACAAAUCUCCUGAGUCCUGGCUUCCAGAAACAGGAUUGCCAAAUUGUCCCUGUGGGGCUAGAUUCUUACCAGCUUAAGAAGGAUAUUGCUAUCUUCUUAGUACCUGUACCUUAGGAUUUCCAACUGUUUUGAAAGGGAAAUAGUAACAGUGAUCUGCUUAGAGUGGAUUUUCACUCAAGUCCUUAGUGAGUGGAUUUUGGGGAAAGGAGCACAUGGGCUUCUGGUUCUUUUUGAUAAUAUAUAAAAUUCUUCAUUAUGAAGUUGCGGUCGUUUGCAAAGGAGAGGCAUUCAAAUUUGAAAGGUUAUUUUAAUGUGAUAAUUUGGAAGACUUACUCAAAUGUUGGUCAUUGACCACUCUGUGCAUAUAUUUCUGCAGAGCUCUAUAAAGGCAAUGAGUGUUACUUCCCUCUGCUCUAAUAAAGCAAUAAAUAAUAGCUAAAGGGCUGACUUUCACUUUGAA